CACACACACACACACACCAUGUGUUUAGUUAGCUUUAUGCUGACCAACCUUUAGUCAGUUUAGUCCUCUGUGUGUUGAUUUGUGCUCAAAACGCAACUCAUCACUCUGAACAUCUCUCUGUCGUUGCAUGCAAUAUGGACAUGUUGGACACAUCAACCAUGGUUGACUUCGAAGAUGAAAAUUCUUCAAUGACCUAUAUGCCACCAUGUGACCUGUUCGACAUAUCUAAUUUUAGUAGACAUUUAUUGCCACCAUUCUACUAUGCAAUUUUCAUUAUCAGUCUGCUGGGCAAUGGAUUGGUUCUAUAUAUUCUAUUCAAGUUUGAAAAGAUCAACACAGUCACUAAUGUAUUCCUCAUCAACCUGGUAGCCUCCGAUCUGAUUUUUACCCUUGGUCUUCCAUUCCAAGCUGUGUACCAUAGCUCAGAGUGGUCAUUUGGCCAGGUGGGAUGCAAGGUGAUGAAUGGCACUUACCACCUUGGGUUCUACAGCUCUGUCCUGUUCCUCACUCUUCUGACUUUUGACCGCUACCUGGCUGUGGUACAUGCCGUUGCCGCUGUGAAGUGGAGGCAGAGCUGCUAUGCCUACUUCUCAGCCAUGGUUGUGUGGAUUGUUUCUGGCCUCACUAGUUUGGAGACCUUCCUCAAUCAUGAUGUAACCGACGACAUUGUUCAGGGGUUAACCUGCACUGACAUGGGUGACCCUGAACGCAAGAUAAUGGGCACUUAUUCCCAGGUUGCGCUUUUUUUCAUCUUCCCCUUAGUUGUCGUCUUGUACUGCUACAUCAUGAUCGGAUUGACAGUUCUCUCAACUCGAAUGAGGAGCAAACAAAGGCCUCUGAAGCUGAUAUUUGUCAUUUUGGUUCUAUUUUUCAUGUGCUGGACCCCAUACAAUGUCAUAUUAUUGUUAACAGAAAAUGAAAACAGAGACCCUUGUGAUUACAGUCUCAUCUAUUAUCGGUAUGUCACUCACAGCAUCGCCAAUUUAUACUUUUGCAUCAAUCCGAUGUUCUACACUUUUUUGGGUAGAAAAUUCCAAAAUCAUGUACGCCGCAUGCUGGUGGAUCAGGUCCCAUGCUUAAAGAAUCAUUUGCAUGUCAGUGAAAGCAGCAGAUCAUUCUCUAGGUGAAUGCUAAAUGUUUAUGGGAUUAGUGAGAGAAAUGUAACACUCGUAAUGUUCACUAGACCCGUUGAUUUCAAAACAUGCAGUCUGAGUUUCAGCAUUAAAAUGAUUUGCUUAUCAUUUACGAUACUUUUUUUUAGUUAGGCACUGUAGAGUUUCUGUUUUCAAAACUGUGCGAAAGGUUAACAGAAGAGUGCUCUGUAUAGACCCAACUGGAAAAGCAGUUUAAUUCUUUUAACACAGUGUAUUUAAUGAACAUUUUAAAAAAUUCAGGCACUUGUUUUCCAUGACCAAAAAAAAAAAAACCUUUCACAUUCAAACUAAUUACUAGGUUAUGAGGGUUAUCAAGCUGAUAACAGUUUGUGUGCAGCACUGUGUGUGCUGGAAGAUCAGACCACAGAUUUUAUGAAUAAUAUCUGUGGAGGCUUGAGUUUGUAACAGACAUAACGGGAAAUGGCGAAACAAGAAAUGGCGUCAACUUCAAUGUUGCACUGCUUACUAUGAUUUAGCCAUGCAAUGAGGAAGUUUUUCUGAUAUGGUUAGGAUUUUUUUUGCCUUUGUUUCUAGGACAAAUCUUUCACUUGCACAUCUUUCAAUUACUGUAAGACUCUGUUUGUAAGUGCAUGGUUUUUAAAAUUGCUUAUAUUAACCAAAGUGGGAAAAUCAAUUAUCAUACAAAACAAACUAAUGUCUGUAAUUGGCGGUUUUUUUUUUUUUUGGUUCUUGUGCUCUGAUUGACAAUGUUUUCUUGUUAAGUGAAAGAGUACUUGCUUUUUAAAUGUUUUAAUAGUUGCAAUGUAUAUGUUGAGCUUAGCUGUAUUUGUACAGAGGGAGUGUUAGAGAUUGAGAGAGAUAAAAAUAAAAUGAACUAACGCAAACAAAUCCAAGAAAACCUGUAAAUAAAAUGUCACUAUUUUGAGAGACUGCAUAUGUUGCAUAUGAGAAUAAUGCACCAAUUAUAAUAAUGAAAAUAUCUGCAUGUAAAUUAGAUAUGUACACGGUUUAAGGCACUGUUUUUUUUUUUUGUUGUAACUUUUUAAUUUGUUAAUGCUUGGCUAAUGGAUUAAAUUUAUGUGUCUGGAUAUGAUGUAACAUUGC